CUUCACUUCCAGCUGGUAGCCAGAGGAGGGAGGUGGAUUCCCUAGGCUGAGAAGAAGCCUAUUUCUUUGGAGAUUUACUGGCCCUUCUGAAUCCCUGAAUACCUCCAAAAGGACUCUCAGUGGCAGCAGGCUAAAGUCCUCAGUGGGAUUAUGGACUGGGACUUUUGAAGGGAGCCAUCCAUAGAUCCCUUCCAAGGAUUUCUCUCUCUGUCUCUCUCACCCUUACCUGUCCCUGUACUCCUAUGUUCAAGAUGUAGUUAGCUUGAGAGUAGGGUCUAAAAGGCAGCUGGCAAGAAAGAGGGGUCAAGGCAGAGAAGCCUUGAACCCCCAGACUUUGGAGGGUCAAGCUGCUAUAGGGGACAAUUUGUAGGGCUUCCCUGUUUACCCACUUUCCUACUUGAUAUCCUUGUCACCCCUUUCCUGCUUGAACCCCAAUACAUUACCUGAUAUUUAAGAUUUGAUCUGGGUCAGUCUCUAAACAACAUAGUUAAGGGAAUUGAAGAUUUGGGGAGGGUUGCACCUCUUCCCCCAAAAGGGGGUUGGCUUCUAGAUCCCAGUGAUUCAAGAUUGCCUGACCAAGGAACUGGCAGUUGAGUAGUUCCAAGAUCCUGAAAGGGACUGAGAGUUAAUGUCCCUGGGGAAAACAGAGGCAUAAGAAAUCAUCUUGCCUCUCAAGGUUAGAUUGGACCUCAGGAGCCUUGGUCUCCUCUGAGGGAGGCAUUUUUACAUCUCUAGGGAGACAUAUUCUCCUUUCAAGGAGAUAGGACUUGGCUUAUCUCCCCCCAGAAGGAAGGGAGGAGAAUGAUCUCUUCACACUCUCAACCUCUUUCUCCCUAUCAUCACCAUCUCUUCUCCAAUCUCUCCAUUACAGUGUCUGUGUAUAGCUAGACCUUCCAAUGGCUAUAACAAGAAAUAAAUGACCAUUAGAUCAUAGGUAAUAUUAACUCAUACUUAUAUAGUGGUUUUCAUGGUUUACAGAGACAGUCCUCACAAUAAUCUUGUGAGAUAGGUAGUACAGACAUUACCAUUUCCUCUCUGUAGAUGAGAAGAUGGAGGCAUACAGAUUUGUUAAGAGCCACAAAGAUAAUGUGUAGAACCAGAAUUUGAUCAUUUGCUUCCAAACUCAGUAUUCUUCUUACAAUACCACAUUACCUCUAAAAAUAAUAGUGACUGAUGUUUAUAGAACACUAUAUAGUUGACAAAAUAUUUUAUGUUAAGAUUUCAUCUAAUGAUCUUGUGAGCUAGGUAGUAGAAUUAUUCAAGUAACCAAUCAGUCAACAUUUCAUAAACACUCACUUUUGGGCCAGGUAGAUCCUUAGAUCCAGGGGACAUAAGCGAAAAAAACGAGACAAUCUCUACUUUCAUCAGGGGAGACAACAUAUAAUGUACACAUUAUAUGCAUGUAUGGAAUAAGUACAUAAAAGGCAGUUUGGGAGAGAGGGAACCAGUAUUUGAUGGGAUCAGGAAGACAUCGUAUAGAUGGUGAUGUGUCUUGAGCUGUUUCUUGAAGGAAGUAAGGAAUUAUUUAAGGUGGAGGUAAGGAGAGAGUGCAUUUCAGGCACAGGACUGAUCAGGGCAAACACAAGGAGAUGGAAGAUGGAAUACCAUGUGUGACAAUGGAGAGGGCCAUUUUGAUUGUUCUGUAGAGUAUAGGUAAGAGAGUACCGUAUAAUGAGGUUGGAAGGAUGGAUUGGAGAUAAAUUGUGCUUUUAAAGAAAGGCUUUAAAAGGAGUUGAUAUUUUAUCUUAGAAAUCAUAGUGAGCCACUAGAGUUUAUUAAGUAGGGGAGUGAUCUGAUCAGAUCUUUGUUUAAGGAAAAUAACUUUGGCAGCUAUGUGGAGGAUGGAGUGGAGGCACUUGUGGCCAAGAGAUCAUUAAGGAAGACAUUGUAAUACUUCAGGAAAAAGAUCAUGAGGACUUCGUGGGGUGGUAAUUUUACCCUUGGAGGGAAGGUAUCAUAUUCCAGAGAUGGUAUAGAGGUAAAGUGGUAAGAUUUGAUAACUGUUUGGAUAUAGGGGUGAGGAAGAGUGAUAGGUUGUGGUGCCAUCUAGGUGUCUUUUUAACCAUAUGACCAAUGCAUCAGCAUCUUCUCUACAACUUGUGGUCUUAGAGAAUAGGGCACUGACUUGCCCAGUGCCCCACAGCUAGUGUGUGUCAGAGGUGGGACUUGAACCCAUGUCUUCCUGAUUCAAGGCUUACAUUCUAUCUACUUUACUGUGAUUCCUCUCAUAAUAGUAAUAAUAAUAACAUUUGGCAUUUAUAUAGCCCAAUAAGAUUUGAAAAGUGUUUUUUGCAUAUAUCAACUCAUGUGAGUCUCACAACUCUGUUAGCUUUCCAGAUGUACUGGGUAAGUUCCCUUCCAGUUCUAAAUCCAUAAACCUAUGAUGUUUGAUUAGGACAAACAUUGACAGAUAAUUUGAGUCACAGUAAACUCUUUUUAGGGUUAAGACAUUUUUCAUUUUUAUCUUUGUAUUUCUGAAGGACCCAGUGUUUGUCACAGAGUGGAUGUUUAAGAAAUGCUCAUUGGAAUUAAUAAUAAUAAUUGCUAUUGUUUUUGAUCCUUGAUUUUUUAAAAAGACCAAUGUCACCACAGGAUGAUGUCUUGAUUUGUGAGUAAAUUGGCUUUAAAUAAGAAAGAAUUGCACAAAGUCAUCAGCUUCACUCUCUCUUCCAGAAUCAUCCAAGUCCAGCAGCAAGACAAAGUCAGAAGUCAAGAUGAUUGGAUGCAGUGCAUGAAUUUGGCAUUUUUGAUGUCUGACCAAGCUCUAAGUGCUCCACAGUAUCUACCUACUUUAGUCACCUUCAAGGUUGUCAGAACGAGUUGUUCUCAUCUACCUCUUCUACCAGGAGACAUCUUUACUUGCUUGGGUUGACAUUUGUCUAACUCAGCAAUGGGUUUGGUUACCUUCAACUUGGUUUAGCCCAUCUGCUGUGACAGUUUUACCACAGUGUGGCCACUGCACUUACAACAGCUUCUUGGAGUCCCAGAUGAGAGUUGGGUAAAAGGUGGACCCCAGAGGUGGUUGAAAAGCCCUGAAAAGGGAUCAGCAAGCCCUCACACUAGAGGUGAUAGUCCUCUCUGAACAUGCCAUGUACCCCAACAAUAAACAACAGCAAUAACAACAACAACAACAAUAAUAAUGACAGGAAUAAGGACAAAGCUUGUAUUUCAUUGAUCUAAGGAAUUUCCAUAUGACCAAUGCAUCAGCAUCUUCUCUACAACUUGUGGUCUUAGAGAAUAGGGCACUGACUUGCCCAGUGCCCCACAGCUAGUGUAUGUCAGAGGUGGGACUUGAACCCAUGUCUUCCUGAUUCAAGGCUUACAUUCUAUCUACUUUACUGUGAUUCCUCUCAUAAUAGUAAUAAUAAUAACAUUUGGCAUUUAUAUAGCCCAAUAAGAUUUGAAAAGUGUUUUUUGCAUAUAUCAACUCAUGUGAGUCUCACAACUCUGUGAGAUAGGCACAUGCAAUAUUAUGCCCAUUCCACAUAUGAGGAAACUAAGGCUGAAACAACUAGAAAUUGACACAGCUGAGAUUUUUAUUCAUAGUCUUUCUGACUCUAAACCCAACUGUCUAUCUGUUAUACCUUAUUACUUCCCCUAUUAGGGAAGAUAGGAUAGAAGGGGGAAGAGUAAGACCAAGAGACAAUGAUGGAGUCCACUGAGGCAUUCUCAGGGAGGGCAGGACCUAAGUGUGUUAUUUUAUGAAGCCACUCCCUAUUAAUGGAUCUGAAGUAAUAAAGCUGUAAUAAAAAUCUUUGAAGCUAUAAUAAAAAUUAUAUUCCAUUUAGAAAUGACAGCAGCAUAGAGUCCUGACUUAGCAAACCAAAUUCAAUGCUUUUUAUGAGACUAGGAAUCCUGGAUAGUUACUGGAAUCACAUAUUCAUGAGAUUAACCUACCAAAACGGGACUAGAGUUUCCCAAGAGAAGACAAUUUGCCAACAUGACAACACCCAACAGAAAGGGUAUAUAAGUAUUGUCUGGAGGAAGGAGAAUUCAGAAGUUGGGCUUUCUAACUAAUCUGCAGGUUUUUCCUUCUAACAUCAUGACUUCCCAAAUCUGUACUCCAACAUUCUCCACUGGGUCAUUCAAGGGCCUCUGUGGCACCAGUGGUGGCUUUUCUCGGAUCUCUUCUGUCCGCUCUUUGGGCUCUUGUAGGGUUCCAAGUCUCUCCUGUAGUGGUGGGUCAGCCUCCUCUCUUAAGCUGGGCUCCUGUGGUCUAGGGAGCUAUCUACCCAACACCUCUUAUUUGUCCAAUGGAUACUCUACCUCUGGUUUUGGUGGGAGUUUUAUCCGGUUUGGUGAAGGGGUUUUCAAUGGCAACGAGAAGGAGACCAUGCAAUUUCUGAAUGACCGCCUAGCCAACUAUCUGGAGAAGGUGCGCAUGUUAGAGCGGGAAAAUGCAGAGCUGGAGAAGAAGAUCCAGGAGUGGUAUGGAUCUCAGAUCCUAUUAGUUUACCCUGAUUAUCAGUCCUACUUCAAGACUAUUGAGGAUCUCCAGCAGAAGAUCCUGUUGACCAAAGCUGAAAAUGCCAGACUGGUCCUGCAGAUUGAUAAUGCCAAACUAGCUGCUGAUGACUUCAGAACCAAGUAUGAGACUGAGCUAUCCCUGCGCCAGCUUGUAGAGGCCGACAUCAAUGGCCUUCGUAAGAUCCUGGAUGAGCUGACCCUGUGCAAGGCUGACUUGGAGAUGCAGCUUGAGUCCCUGAAGGAGGAGCUACUCUGUCUUAAGAAGAACCAUGAGGAGGAAGUCAACAUUCUUCGAAGUCAGCUUGGAGACCGGCUCAAUGUGGAGGUGGAUGCUGCCCCACCUGUGGACCUCAAUAAGAUCUUGAAUGACAUGAGAUGCCAGUAUGAGGCCCUGGUGGAGAAUAACCGCAGAGAUGUGGAGAACUGGUUCACCACCCAAACAGAAGAGCUGAACCAACAAGUGGUGUCCAGCUCUGAACAGCUCCAGUGCUGCCAGACAGAGAUCAUUGAGCUGAAACGCAAUGUCAACGCUCUGGAGAUUGAGCUGCAGACCCAGCACAGCCUGCGAAAUUCCCUGGAAUCCACUUUGGCAGAAACAGAGGCUCGCUAUUGUUCCCAGCUGUCUCAGUUGCAGUGCCUGAUCGGCAAUGUGGAAGCUCAGCUAGCUGAGAUCCGCUGCGACCUAGAGCGGCAGAAUCAAGAGUAUCAGGUCCUCCUGGAUGUUAAGGCCAGGCUGGAGUCAGAGAUCUCCACAUACCGCCGGCUGCUGGAAGGAGAAGACUGCAAGCUUCCUGCCCACCCCUGUGCCACAGAGUGCAAGCCCAUGGUCCGUGGGUCCUGCCCCCCAAGCGUGUCCUGUACCCCCAGCUCUCAGAUCAGCACUCAGAUCCGCACCAUCACCGAGGAGAUCAAAGAUGGGAGAGUCGUUUCUUCCAGAGAGCAUGUCCAGCACCGGCCCCUGUAACCCUCCAGGUCCAUUCAGCCUGACAUACCGCAGGGAGGAAACCUCAAAGCUAUCAUGCAAGGCUGGAAGCUUCUUGGGGUCCCUCCUAGGCUUAGCAAAUUGUGGUGUGUGUAUGUUUUUUUUCUAGUAAGAUGUCACUUCUAUCAUGUUUUCAGCUUUGACAUCUUUUAAACUGCAAACAAACUCCUUGGAUAACUUCUCUAAUAAAUCUUGUUCUUUUGGCA